AUGGUUCUCAACGGCACGAUUCGCCCGAUCGACUUGUCCAUGACCAAGAAGACCUCCCCCACCAUGGCCAUCGAGUCGGGGGUCUUGGACUGCGUCGUGUACGCGCCAGACGAGACGCCGCCACUGGCCUGUCUCGCCGGGUUCCCUUACUUUGUGUUGACCGUGGCCUCAAUCCAGGUCGGACACUUUGUUUUCCUCAACAACGAUAUGGGCUUUGCCGGCUGUCUCCUCUACGCGCUCACGUACAUGUGUGUUGUGGCCCUCGACGGACUGGUGAACCCAAGCUUGGGCAAGAACGUCCGCACACUGCGCGCCAACGGUUUCUCGGAUCGCUACACACUGCAGAUGAUGCUCUUCAACUUGCUCUCGAACGUUCUCAUGACGUGGCUCGUCUUUCAGAAGUUUAGCGGUCCCAAGGCCGUGAACGCGACCUUGGACUUGGCUUCGUACUCGGUCUUUACGGUCGCAGCGAUUGCCGCCAACUUGGCCAUGACCGAAGUCGUCUUCUAUUUUGCGCACAAGUGCCUCCACGAGGUGCUGCCGCAUAUUCACUUGAUGCACCACUGCGUCUUUGCGCCGACGCAUUCGUCCAACUUUAUCUUUGACCCGAUCGACUUUGCGUUCGAGCUUGGCCUGCCCACCGUCGCUUUGUUUGUAACCCAUUUUGGACUCUGGCAGGAAGAUCAUAUCGUGCUCCUCGUCUCGUACAUGUUUAUCCAGACCUUCUACGCCCUCGACCACAGCGAUUUCCUCAAGCUCUACCACUUUCAUCACCACACCCGUCUCGACGACGUCUACACGGUCUACAUCAAGUACCGCAACCCGACCAACACGAAGCGCGAGGCGGUCCGCAAGAUCAUCAAGCGGUCGACCAAGGUUGCAUGA